GGAAUGGCUUCGUCAGCACGUUCCAAAGGCGAGCACAAGCAGCGAGUCUUCUUGACGGUCUCUUUUGGCGGGAUCAAGAUUUACUGUGAAAGAUCAGGGGUGCUUCUGCAUCAUCACUCUGUCCACGAGAUCAGCUACAUCGCCAAGGACACCAGGGACCACCGGGCCUUUGGUUAUGUCUGCGGGAAGGAGGGUCACCACAAGUUUGUGGCCAUUAAAACUGCUCAAUCUGCAGAGCCUCUCAUCCUCGACCUGCGCGACCUUUUCACGCUCAUCUAUGACAUUAAACAGCGAGAGGAGCUGGAGAAGAAGGCCCAGAAGGACAAACACUGUGAACAAGCAGUCUACCAGACCAUCCUGGAGGAUGAAGUGGACGAUCCAGUUUACCAGUACAUAGUGUUUGAGGCUGGACACGAACCCCUCCGUGGCCCCCAGUCAGAGGAGAGCGUUUAUCAGGUCCCAACCAGUCAGCAGAAGGAAGGGGUCUAUGAUGUCCCAAAACGCCAUUUCAUGACUAACAUCAACCACUUCGAUCUUUUCGGCGACAUGUCCACCCCGCCCUCGAUGCCGCCGUCACCGGCCAACACCCUGGACCCGAGCAGGAGCAGCCGCCAGCAGCAGCACACUCCUGCUGAGCUCUACGCCCCCUUUAGCCCCACCUCUGUGCCGUCAGGUUAUAUGACGAUGGGUCCGGUUCAGGCGGCUCAGUGGGCUCAGCAGCCGUUCUCUGCUCAGGCUCAGACCCUGGCCUUCCCGGUCCAGGGGCCCCUCCAGGUGGCUCAGGUCCUUCCCGCCGGUCAGCCUCUCAUCUGGAGCCAGGCCAACAUUUUUUCUGCCACCCAGCAGCAGUGGGCAGCCAUGGCAGCCUACAUGCCCACGCAAACUGUGGGCGUGGGGGGCCACGCCAUCCCGGCCGCCAUGCUCCAAGGCUUGGUGCCCAUCACCACCGUGUGCCCACAGAGCUGCGACCUGUCGGCCCCCUCCUCGGCCAUCACUAGCCCCCAACACACGGCUGACCCCGCCCUUCUCCACAGGCAGCUCAGCCCGGGGAAGGACAGACUCUGCGUGGACUCAGACGCAGGAGAGGGACCCUCCACGUCAGGAAUGGUGGGUGUGGGAAUCGGUUCUGGGUCAGCAUCAGUGAGCAGAUGUGGGACCCCCGGCCUCAUGACUGUGCCCGACUCACUGGUCUGCAGUCAGCUGCUGCCUCCUCCGACAGCUGCACACCAGGAAGAGGAAGGCAGCUGUAGUGAUCUGGAUCUGUCCAGGAUGACUCUGAGCCCGGGUGCAUCGACGUCACCGUCUACUGAGUCUCCCUCCACACCAGCCCCCCAGCAGAGCUCGUCCUCGGACUGCGCCCCCUCCCAGGCCAGUGACCCCUCGACGGAUCACUCCCCCGUUGAUCCAGAGGGCAACCCCGGCAACGCCAAGGAGGAACAAUCAGUUUGUGAUGAUUCAAGGACGAUUUCUCCAGCGCCAAGUGACGCUGCAGAGCCCGUGGAUCCGACCUGUCCACAGGAAGACAGCUAGAGGCAGGCAGACAGGGAGACGGAGAAGAGGGGAGCUCUCAAGGCCAAGACUGCUGCCUCUGAGACUGAAAGCAGCAGCUUUUCUCUCAGCUGGAUUACACGGACUCGCCUUUUUAAAAAAAACUAUCAAUCUUUAAAAGGAUAUUUAUGGCAAUUCUGGUCAUCAAAAGAACUCCUCGCCUUUUUUUGUUUGUUUGUUUGUUUGUUUGUUUUCUCCAGAGGCCACACACUGUACUGACCUGUCCAGUCCUCAGCAUGUCCAAUCAAAUAACUCUUCAACCAGGAAGUGACCUUUCGAUCUCUGACUAAAACCUGCAACAGGACGCGUUCUGCGAUGAGUUAAACGAGGACAAAUCUGUGAUAACUUGUUAAAGAAACAAUAAGGAUGGAAAUUAUUUUUUGGGAACUUUCAAAGGGAGCUCUGAGGAAAGACUGCGCAGCAGGGCAGCGUUGCUCCGUCGUUUCAUCAGUUUGCAUGAAGAGACUUGGUGUGGAUCAGCGGGCGAAGCUGACAGCAGAUUCCUUUGAGGCCUGAAACAAAUCAGAAGUGGGGUUUAUUUUUCUUUUCUUUCUUUCUUCUUUUAUAAGCUGUGAACUCUCGGUUGGUGGUCCCGAGUCGUUACAGGUACCAACACGACUCCGAGGCAUCGACGAUGAAAUCAGAAUUUGCCAAACAUCUAUUUUGUAAAUAAGAAAGGUCCUCGCACCCCCCUGACCUGAGCCUCUGUGCCAUAAUUCAGCUCUUCACCUCUUGGGUGCCAACUAUACUUGUGUUUCUCUCAAGCAACGCUCUGCCAGCACCUCCAUUUAAAAAAAGAAAAGAAAAAAAAAACGAGAUAGAAAGAAAUCUGGUUUGUUAGAUUUUGAAUAUUUUUUUGUUAUUAUUAUUUUGAAAAUGUCCUUAUUUGUUGGUGAGAAAAUGACCUGUAGACGUGUUCAGGAAAAAACAGCCCACUCUAGUCGUCUAUUUUUUAUUUAAAACUGAGGAACGAAAGAGCUACUUUUUAAAAACACAUGCUGUAGUGGCAGAUUAUGUUUUUUUCUCAUAGCUUUUAGAACAUUUUACAAACGGGGUCGUGUUGUUUUACAUCUGAGCUCCAGGUUUUGUUUGGUUUUUCCUCAUAAACCGUGAGCAGAGGUGACUCGUUUAAGUCGUAACUGGCUGAACAAUCACAAGCUGAAAGCUGUUAGAACAGAUUUUAGUUGACUUUUGUUGUUAGUCACUGUUCUUUCUGGGUCAUUGUUGUAACAGAGCAUUUAUUGUCGGUCAGCUGAACAAAGACGCCACUUUAUCAACACCAGGAGAAGAAAUCACUAAUGUGGACUGAAACAAAUGGGACAAAUGGCCCAAAAUAUUUUGUCAAGUUUAUUUAUGGAAUUCAGAAAUAUGAUUAAAAAAAUGAUUAAAAAGGGAUUUUUGUACUCUAUGACACCCCCCACCCCCACCCCACAUGCUGUAUCACACCACUGUUCAGUCACAAAUAAACUCACACUUCCCACAGUUAGCAUCGCUUUCAUUUCUAGCAGCUGGAAAACUACAAAACUACAAAAGAAGAAGCAGCUUCUUUCUUCGUCUUUUGAUUAUCACUCCUCCGUGUAAGCAAACUGGAAUUUGCCCUUUUUAAAAAAAAAAAUAAAAAUAUACCUGUUUUUUUGA